CCCAGAAACCUCCAGCUCUCCCGCUGAAGCUCACAGCUCUCCUCUCGCCUCUCGCCCUCCAGCAUGAAGGUCUCCGCAAUCCUCCUGUGCCUGCUGCUGGCAGUAGCUGCCUUCGGCCCCCAGGGCCUUGCUCAGCCAGAUGCAGUUAACGCCCCCGUCACCUGCUGUUAUACAUUCUCAAGUAGGAAGAUCUCAUUGCAGAGGCUGAUGAGCUAUAGAAGAGUCGCCAACAGCAAGUGUCCCAAAGAAGCUGUGAUCUUCAAGACCAUACUAGCCAAGGAGAUCUGCGCUAACCCCGAGCAGAACUGGGUCAAGGAUUACAUAGCCAAACUGGACAAGAAAACCCAAACUCCAAAGCCUUUGAACACUCACUCCACAACCCAAGAAUCUACAGCUAACUUAUUGUCCCCUAGCUCUCCCUAAAUACCCUAUUUUAUUUUAUUAUAAUUUCAAAAUGUAUAAACGUUUAUCGAUAUGAAACAGAAUGCCUUAAGUAAUGUUAAUCUUAUUUAAGUUAUUGAUGUUUUAAGUUUAUCUUCUGUGAUACGAGUGUUUUUUUAGAUCUGGAGACCGGGCAAAUUGCUUUUCCUCUGUGAACCCCGAAUGGGAUAUUUUGCGGGUCCUUGCAAGGAUCGUUAAUGCAACGACUUCUUGUUAAAUUCCGAGGCAUUGCU